AUGCUUGACUUUUGUUGGGCUGUAAUCCAGUUCAGCCAGAGAGACUGAGACCCGUAGCGUUGUUUUUCUUGUGUGGCAGAAAACCAAAUAAGUGUCAAUCAGUGGAUAUGGCUUCAGUCCAGGGAACUACAUGGGUGGGGAUGUGGGGUGCUCGGCUCCCCUGAAAGAGACAUCAGCUUCCCAGAAAGCCUCAUUUGAGAAAUGUUGUUGUUCUGGCUGGAGAGGACAAGCGUUCGUUGUCAAGCAAGCAGGGGCCGUUGCCAUGCACAAGGGGCUUUACUCAGAAGGAAUACAUCAUCGAAAUGGACCAAGAGCUGGCAGAGGGACAAGCCGUCCUCAACGUGAGCUUCAUGAACUGCGGUGGAGGGAAGGUGUGGUUCGAGGAUGGAGAUUCUUCUGACUUCAGGGUGAGUGAGGAUGGUGUCGUCUACACCCUGCGGCGCCUCAGCCUGGUGGGAAAGGGAAAAGUCGCGGUGGCGGUCUACGGCCGAGACCUGCAGUCCAAACAGAUCUGGAAGACGAUAGUGCAUCUCCACGUCCGUCCAAAUGACAACGGCUCAGGACAUGAACAGGUAAAGCCCAGUGAUGCAACACUGACUCAGCGGGUACCAGAGAUCUUGUUUCCAUGGCGCAGCGUGGUUGUCAGGGGUGAUGGCACUCUGAGGCGGGUAAAGAGGGACUGGGUCAUUCCGCCUAUCAACGUCCCCGAGAACUCACGAGGACAGUUCCCUGAGGACCUAGUCAGAAUCCGCUCAGACAGGGAUAAGAACCGGAUGCUGCGUUACAGUGUGACGGGCCCCGGGGCUGACCAGCCUCCGACUGGCAUCUUCAUCAUCAACCCAAUCUCAGGCCAGCUGUCUGUCACCAAGCCUCUGGACAGAGAGCACAUCUCCAACUUCCAUCUGCGAGCCCAUGCAGUGGAUCUGAAUGGGAAUCAGGUGGAGAACCCCAUCGACAUUGUCAUUAAUGUCAUCGACCAGAACGACAACAGACCAGAGUUCACACACACUAUCUUCAACGGCUCAGUACCGGAGGGAUCCAAGCCUGGAUCCUUUGUGAUGACAGUGACAGCAGUGGACAAGGAUGAUCCAAAAACUGCCAAUGGGAUGCUGCGAUACAAGAUCCUCUCCCAGAAUCCCCAGAGCCCCUCCUCCAACAUGUUCACCAUUAACAACAAGACCGGUGACAUCAUCACUGUGGCAGCGGGCCUCGAUCGGGAGAAAGUCACCCAGUAUACCCUGAUCAUCCAGGCGACGGACAUGGAGGGAAACCCCACCUACGGCCUGUCCAACACGGCCACCACUGUCAUCAGGAUCACCGAUGUCAAUGACAAUCCCCCUGAGUUCACCACAGACACAUUCUUCGGGGAGGUUUAUGAGAACAGGGUGAACGUGAUCAUUGCUAACCUGACUGUGACGGAUAAAGACCAGCCUCACACUCCAGCCUGGAGCACUGUGUACCGCAUCAUCGCUGGAGACCCCACUGGACGCUUCUCCAUCCCCACUGACCCCACCACCAACGAGGGCCUGCUCACUGUGGUCAAGCCCGUAGAUUUUGAGCUGACCCGUUCCUUCAUGCUGACAGUGGAGGCAGAGAAUGAAGUCCCGCUGGCCCGCGGUAUUCACCUGCCUCGUCAAUCCACAACAACUGUCUCUGUACGAAUCCUGGACAUCAACGAGAGUCCAGAAUUUAGCCCCAACCCCAAGUCCAUCAAACUGGAGGAGGGUCUGCCUGCCGGGUCUCUUCUCACCACCUUCACUGCCCAGGACCCCGACCGCUUCAUGAGACAAAGUGUCCGGUACUCCAAGAUGUACGACCCUGCCAACUGGCUGGAGAUUGACCCGGUUAACGGUCGGAUUUCUACCAUCGCCAUCCUUGACCGAGAGUCUCCCUACGUCAAGAACAACCUCUACAAUGUUACCUUCAUGGCUUCUGAUAACGGUAUCCCACCUGCCAGCGGGACAGGUACCCUUCAGAUGUACCUGCUGGACAUAAACGACAAUGCACCACAUGUGUUCCCCCCUGAGGUGGAAAUGUGUGAGAAGCCAGAUCCUAACGCUAUCAACGUCACAGCCAGUGACUCCGACCUGACCCCUAACGCUGGACCGUUCGCCUUCGAGUUGGCCAUUCGUCCAUCAGAUGUACGCCGCAACUGGACGCUCAGUCGUGUCAAUGGUGAGUACGCCCAGCUUCGACUGCGGAUCGGCUCCCUGGCCAGUGGAAUCUACGAGGUUCCUAUCAUGAUCACAGACUCUGGCAACCUGCCCAUGUCCAACACGUCCUACCUGAGGGUUAAGGUCUGCCAGUGUGAUCACCAUGGAGACUGUGUAGACAUGGAGCGAAUCAUUGCUGCUGGACUGGGUACCGGAGCCAUCAUCGCCAUCCUCAUCUGUAUCAUCAUACUAUUAGUGCUGGUGCUGCUGUUUGUGAUGUGGAUGAAGAGGCGGGAUAAGGAACGUCAGGCCAAGCAGCUCCUCAUUGACCCAGAGGACGACGUCCGAGACAACAUCCUCAAAUACGACGAGGAGGGAGGAGGAGAGGAGGACCAGGACUACGAUCUGAGUCAGCUGCAGCAGCCUGAUGCCCUGGAGCCAGAGUGUGUCAAGGUGGGGAUCAGACGCCUCGAUGAGAGGCCCCUCCAUCAUGACCACCAGUACCCUGUCCGCUCUGCAGCCCCCCACCCAGGAGACAUAGGAGACUUCAUCCACGAGGGCCUGAAGGCAGCAGACAACGACCCCACCGCCCCCCCCUAUGACUCCCUGCUGGUGUUUGACUAUGAGGGCAGCGGCUCCACUGCUGGCUCCCUCAGCUCCCUGCACUCCUCCUCAAGCUGCGGAGACCAGGACUACGACUACCUUGGCGACUGGGGGCCACGCUUCCGCAAGCUGGCCGACCUGUAUGGCGGAGGGGAUGAUUAGCACCCAAAACCCCCACCAACAACAACCACCCUCCCAACCCCAUGCUUGCUCCAAGGCUCAGGUGGUGGGUGGGGUUAAAGAAAGAGGAUAUGGGGUAAACAUGGGGUAUGGAUCGGCACUUCUGUAUUACUACGGGACAGCUUGUAAAGAGACUUGCUGCCCCUUGACGACGGUUGAUGACACUAGGGACCAUUCUGACUCCUAGCCUAGCAAGGCCUGGCAACAGCUAGCAUUCAGGCUAAUGGACAUUAUCAUCUGAGCGUUAGCCCCUGUGCUAACAAAUGUGAGCAGCCAGAACAGUGCGCUCAGUGGGGAUGUCUCGUUGAUGGUUAAGAGCUACGACAGCCAUGCUACAGACGCUCAUUUACACUUGAAUCUCACAGUACAGGAGCACUGGGGUCAAACGUGCCUUUUUGUACAUUCUUUUGAUUGUGUUCAGUCUCGAUUCUGUACGUUGCUUUAAAGCUCCCGGUGUUUUGCAACGGCAACUGGAGGAGCACUUCGCCAUGAUAAUGAGUGCUUGUGAAAGUAUGUGUGUGUGUGUGGGUUUCACCUCAUUACCUGUAUGUGUGUGUGAUUGUGUGUGUGAGUCAUUUCCACAGAGACACUGGAUGGACACUCUAAAGGGCAAAGACUACUAAGAGAUGCCUUGGAUGAUCCUACCAGCAAAAAACAUGGCUUUACUGUACAGCUCUGGGUGUUAAGGUUUUCUUUUUUCCAUCGAAUUCAGUCCAAAAAUUAUAAUUACUCUCCCAACGGUCUCCAAGUUUUGUCUGUUACACACAGUCCUUUACUGAUGCCUGAAGUGGUAUUAUCCCUCACCAGAAUCACAGCUGAGGCAAUGGACCACCUCUCUCUGUGAUACAUUUGUCUCGUGGUCUCCGUGGCUUUUUGAAGUGCAUGUCUGUGUGCAUAAACCGCAGGCUGAUUUCACUGCAUUGCUCUGGUAUUAAUGUGACUGCCCGUGUUAACAAAGCCAGCUGAGAUCAGAACGUUUUCAUUUCCUCUCUGCUCCCCCACACUGUUUUUUCUCUGCAAACUCUGAUCAUUCCACAUCACAUCACGUCAAAGCUUUGAUUGAAUAGCUAUAAAGAAUGCCUGCCUCCCCUGGCUUUCAACAUUCUUAGAUAGUUGAGGACAUUUAGUGCCACAAUGAACUUAAAUUAUUUGAUGCGGGAGAUUUUUUACAAGCAGAAAUUGUUAUUUGUAGUGCAGUUUAAAUAUUGUGGUUAUGUCCUUGCUGCCCUUUAAGAAAUUGGAACUUAAAGUGGGAUUUAGUUUGGCUUACAUGCGGGAUGACAAAAUACUGCCACAAACUGGUGAAAAACACGAUAAUAAAAUAUAAUUUCCAUGUACGUGUUGGUGCAGAUGGAGGAAAACAGAAAGCAAAAACAACAAAAAAGAAUAAAGGCCACAAGCAAAAAAAAAAGUUAAUCUAAAAACAUUUGGAGCACGUUUGGUUGCAGAGCAACAGUAAGAUCUAUGCAAUGACAAAUAAAUACAGAUUCCCAUCAUGAAGAGGAUAAAAUAAGUAGUGAAAUUUGUAAUGACUACGACUGAGAGAGCGAGGUUGAGCAGACAUGUUUGUAUUUACAAAUGAAAAUGUAUGUUUGAUGAACUGCUUGUGAAUGGAAUAUAAAGUGACUGACAGGUGGCUAAGUCAGCUGCUUAAAAUGACCAGUGCCGCACCUUUGGCCUGCAUUGUCUGGAUCUGCAGCAGAACGGUACAAGGGUGAAAGACCAGAAUGUGAAACAGCCAGAAAAGCCAUUAACCAAACUGCUCGCUCUACUUCUGCAAAUACAUAUUUCUCUAUAGGAUUUCAGGAAUUAAGUUGAAUAAGUUAAGGAGAUAAGUGGGUAAGUGUUGGACCAGUUUGGUCGAGAGCCAGUUAUUUUGAAAACUUCUGGCCAGAUUUUCAUGACAUUUUACAUGCAUAUUCAUGGUCCGUUGUGAUAGACAAAAUAGAAAUUUAAAGGUACAGAAAACAUAGAAUCACAUUUUUUGUAUAUUAUACAUUAUACUAACAUGGCAGACCGUGGGAGGUAAUGGGAAUCUCACAGCCAUAAAUGGUUUGAGCUAAAGGAGAAGGACUGGAACUGAACAUCAACAAUAAAACCACAUGGGAAGUUUGUUGGAACUGUGAUACACCUGAGUAGCAGACCGACUAAAGCUUCAGCUACACCAAAAAACAUGAAUACUUCUCAUGAAUGACAAAACAAGGUCUGCAUUUGUUGGUUUGUAUUUAUGGGAGCAUUGUGUAGCAUUCCAUGUCUGCUCAAGGCUACAGCUAUAACAGUGAAAUAUGCGUAGCUAACAAAUGCUCUAUCAAUUACCAUACUGGCCUAUUAUAAGGUGAAAUCGUAUUAUUAAUGUAAAUCCCUUGCGUGUAGCUUGUUUAAAUAAGUGUUCGUGUGCAGUUCAUUUGUCAUUCUUUUCAGCAGUCACAUGGUCAAACACUCUGCUGCUGUGAAUAUGGAAAUGUCUUGGUUUUCAAAUAUAAUACGGGGUGUUAUUUCAUAUUUCAUAUCCAGAAAAAAUAUUGUAUUAUAAUUUGGGUCAAUACCAUAAUUAGUGUAAUUGUUAUAAACUCACCAAUUUUGUACCUUUAAAAAUGAACGGCCAAACAGCCGUGCCAUGUUGACUUCAGGACCAGUGUUACAUUGGGUUUCAUGGCUGUAUGACCUGCAUUUCUUCCUGUCCCAGCCUCUGACAGUGUUGUGGUGGGUUAUUUAUUAGUAGGAGGCAGAUGUUGGUCAAACCCAGAGCUGUACAAAAGAGCUUCAUAUUUUUGCCAGUUUGGUCUUCCAAAGCAAGUGAGAAGACAUGUACAGUAAUGCUAGACUUUAGAUAGAUACCUUCUGGUUUUGUUUUGCUUUUAUCACAAUGUAACUUAUGCAGCUGAUUGCUACAUGUAAUAAAGGGAGACAUCAGUCCUUGUUUUGUAGCAAAGAUACUUCUCGAUACUCUGCUGUGGUGGAUUAAAUACAAAAAAAGGCAAUGUUUCUUCUGUCUGCUGAUGAUUUGCCUUAGUGUUCUCUGGUACUCUCCAACUGGCUACUCACUGUAAACUGAAAUAUGUACAGAUUGUAUUUUUUUCUCUUGUUGUUCUUUUGGCUGUGGUCUAUGAAAAUGACAUGCUAAUAUCCUGAAUCCUUGUAUAUGUGUAAUUUGGAUUACAAAUUAAAACGUUUUUGCAUGUU